AUGGCGUCCACUCCCUCUGCGGCCGACUAUGUCAUCGUCGGCGGCGGCACCGCUGGCCUUGUGCUCGCCAACCGGCUCUCUGAAGACCCCAACGUCAAGGUCGUCGUACUCGAGACCGGCCCGGACCGGACGACCGAUCCCAAAAUCCGCGAUCCUGCCGUGUGGCCGACCCUGCUGGAGUCAGAUGCGGGGUGGCAGCUUCAGACGGUGCCGCAGGCCGGCCUCAACAACCGCACGACAGACCAGCCCCAGGGCAGACUCCUCGGAGGCUGCUCGGCCAUCAACGGCCUGGCGUUCAUCGCGCCCUUGUGCGCCGGCAUCGAUGCGUGGGCGAGGCUGGGCAAUCUGAACUGGACGUGGGAGUCCCUGCUGCCGUAUUUCCACAAGAGCUACACACUGCACACGCCGGACGCGGAGACCUUGAAGGACGUGGGCGUCACUGCGGUCGAUGAUGCCAAGAAGGGGGCUGCUGGUCCCAUCCAAGUGACAUACCCUGCCAUCAGCCAGAAGAACCCCCUGGUGCGGGCGUGGAACGACGCCGUCAAGGAGCUGGGCUACGAGGCCACGGCCGACCUCUACGCCGACAAGGCUGCUGGCAGCUAUGCCUACACGGCGGCGAUCGAUCCAGCGAUCGGCCAGCGCAGCGGUGCAGACAUGCAUCUCGAUCGACGACCAGACCUCGACAGUAAAGGCGAACAAGGAGGUCAUUCUGGCCGCCGGCGUGUUCCACACCCCCAAGCUGCUCGAGCUGUCGGGCAUUGGCAGCAAGGACCUGCUCGCCCGCCACGGCAUCCCCGUGGUAAUCGACAACGCCAACGUCGGCGAGAACAUGCAGAACCACCUGAUGAGCAUCGUGCCGGUGCCGCUGAGCGACGGCGUCGAUGUCGCCCCGGGCAUCCAGGCGCUGGCCUUCGUUCCGCUGCCGGAGUAACUCGACCAGGCGCUCUUCGACCAGCAUCCGCCAGCGUCGCGCGACCAGACUUACCACAGCGUCGUCCGGUCGAUCAUCGACGACGAGUCGUCGGGCUGUCUGUUUCUGAGCGUGCAUCCGGGAGGCGUGGCAGUGCUGGGCCUGAUCCCCGGCACGGUGUUCUCGCGGGGAAGCUCGCACAUCUCGUCGGCGGAUCCCUCGCAGCCUCCGACGAUCGAUCCGAAAUUCUUCGCCAACGGGCUGGACGUCGAGGUCAUGGCGCGCCACCUGCAGACGCUGGAGAAGCUGUCCUCGUCGGGGGCGCUGCAGCCGUUCUUCAAGGCGGAGGGUCUCCCACCGGCGAAGGACCUGGAGGCCGCGAAGGCCUUCCUGCGUGA